GGAUUAAAACUCAGUUUUCUCAUCAGAGGGGCAAUGACCGGCAUUUCUGGUUUCUGUAGGACGACUUACUUGAUCAAGAACCUCAACGUCUUCCCUCACAAUUUCUCUCCCAAAUUCUCUCUCACAUUGAGAUACCCCAACAAACCAUUCAAAUAAUCCACUAUCAUAGCUAGCUAUACCAACAAGAUGGCUCCUCCUGUCCGUAAUAUCGUGGUCGAAGAAGGUCGCUCCCUGAUGGAUGUGAGUGCUAUGGAUGUCAGCCUCAUGGAUGAGAGCAGUUACGAUGAUUUUCUGAGAGGUCGCUGCCGGUGGGAACAACAAAGCACAGCCGACAAAGCCAGCGAACCUCCUCGGUUUGGACGCGUUCGAACCCGUGAUUCUGGCUGCAGCUGUAAGGCGCCUUCUGUACCUCGAAGACAACGGAGUUUCAAUUCCAUUGACAUGAAGGAGGGAGACGAAGACGAAUCCUCCGCUAGCGGUAGUCAAGUCCAAGACGCACCCGAGAAGGUCGAGGUGGAACACAGCACCAGCGCCGCAGGAAGUGAGGAUCAGGAACUUGCCGAAUCCAUACGCCGCAUGCUGACGUCCUCCAUGGAUGCCUCAAUGUCCAAAGAAGAUCUGGUGCCACCCAGACCAAUUCGCCAAAGAAGCCUCACACGAAGGCAGCGAACUCCCCAAAAGACAGUGUCAGCGCCACCUAGAUUUUCAGCCUAUGCAGCAUGACUAUAUAUAUAUCACUUUAGAAAUGAAUAGAGAUUAGCGUAUUAUUUACACUCUUUUA